GCGCCAGCAUGUGGACGGCCUGGUGUGUGGCUCUUCUGUCUGUGGCAGCUGUCUGUGGCACGCGCCAAGAGACAAACACUGUCCUCAGGGUUACCAAACACGUGCUGAGCAAUGCCAUUUCCGGCACCCUACAGCAGAGUGAUGCUCUCCGCUCAGCCCUGAGAGAGGUGCCCAUGGGUGUCGGUGGCGUUCCCUACAACGAUUUGCAUGUCCGAGAGCGCCCCCCAAAAUAUACCAAUGGCGACCAGCUUGGCGGUAAUUACAAGUAUGGUCACAUCGAGACCAAUGACAACACCGCUCAGCUGGGGGGCAAAUACAGAUACGGUGAGAUCCCUGAGCCAGAUGGAAGCAACAGGGACCUCCGAAACGGCAACUACCGCAAUGCUGUGAAUGCAUAUGGCAGCCCCAGGGGCCGUGGGCGGUACAGGUCAGACGAAGUUGCAGCAGCCAUGGGCAGGCUUCACCGGAGAGAGCUGCGGCCUGGAGAGAUCCCACCCGGUGUAGCCACUGGGGCACUGGGCCCAGGUGGUUUGCUGGGCAUUGGGGGCAUGCUGGCAGCCGAUGGCAUCCUGUCGGGCCAAGGUGGCCUGCUCGGCGGAGGUGGUCUCCUUGGCGAUGGAGGACUUCUUGGAGGAGGUGGAGUCCUGGGCGUCCUCGGCGAGGGUGGCAUCCUCAGCACCGUGCAGGGCAUCACCGGACUGCGCAUCGUGGAGUUGACCCUCCCCCGGGUGUCCGUGAGGCUCCUGCCUGGUGUGGGUGUCUACCUGAGUUUGUACACCUGCGUGGCCAUCAACGGAAAGAGUCUCAUUGGCUUCCUGGACAUCGCUGUGGAAGUGAACAUCACUGCCAAGGUCCGGCUGACCAUGGACCGCACGGGCUACCCUAGGCUAGUUAUUGAGCGAUGUGACACCCUCCUGGGGGGUAUCAAAGUCAAGCUGCUUCGAGGGCUUCUCCCCAACCUCGUGGACAACUUAGUGAACCGAGUGCUGGCCAACGUCCUCCCUGACUUGCUCUGCCCCAUCGUGGACGUGGUGCUGGGUCUUGUCAAUGACCAGCUGGGUCUCGUGGACUCUCUGGUUCCUCUGGGGAUAUUGGGAAGUGUCCAGUAUACCUUCUCCAGCCUCCCGCUUGUGACUGGGGAAUUCCUGGAGCUGGACCUCAAUACUCUGGUUGGGGAGGCUGGAGGAGAGCUCAUUGACUAUCCACUGGGGCGGCCAGCUAUGUCUCCCAGACAAAAGAUGCCAGACUUGCCCCCCAUGGGCGACAACACCAAUUCACAACUGGCCAUUUCUGCCGACUUCCUGGGCUCAGUGUUGGCCCUCCUGCAGAAGCAGGGGGCACUGGAUAUCGACAUCACCGACGGCAUGUUUGAAGAGCUUCCUCCUCUUACCACGUCCACGCUGGGAGCUCUGAUUCCCAAG